AUGGAGACAUUAGUCGAGAACGGCGACGGCCAACUUACCAUCCAGAAUCUUCAAUCGCCCACGAAACGGAGGCCUACCAGUACAUUGACGGCCGAAGACAAAGAAAAUCAGAAGCAAGUGGCCGAGGCACGAAAGAAGUAUGGAAGAGGGCGCCCUGUCCGGAUUAAUGAAGUUCGAGACAAGAAGCUGCGUGCAAACCUGAAGCGCAUCGAGAACAAAUACCGGACUGCGGUCUUGAAUGCAAAGGAUGCGGAGAUCCUGUACGAGAACCAGGAAGGAUUCCUGCAACCCGAAUCCGAACUUGAGAAGACAUACAAAGUCCGACAGGCAGAUAUCCUCGACGCGAUUGGUGUCCAACAGGCCAACAAGGCUGUCGACUUCAGACUGGAUCUAGGGCCCUAUGUAUCCGAUUACACAAGGAACGGGCGCAGUUUACUGCUUGCCGGGAGAAAAGGACACAUUGCCACCUGUGAAUGGCGGGCUGGGAAGCCAGGCUGUGAACUGCAUCUGAACGAGACCGUGCGAGAUGCCAAGUGGCUGCACAACGACCAGUACUUCGCCGUGGCCCAGAAGAAACACACAUACAUUUACGACCACGCCGGAGUCGAGAUCCAUUGCUUGAAAAAGUAUGUGGAAACCACGCAUCUUGAAUUUCUACCAUAUCACUUCCUGCUGGCAGGGGUGGAAAACAGUGGGUUCUUGAGGUAUACCGAUACCUCGACAGGACAAGUCGUGGCCGAACAUCCGACUCGGAAAGGCGCUCCGACGGCUCUGGCGCAGAACCCAUAUAACGCCAUCCUCCAUGUCGGGCACCAGCAUGGCACCGUAUCUCUAUGGUCUCCCAAUUCCACCACGCCUCUGGUCAAGAUCCAAUCCAAUGCCGGGCCUGUUCGAUCCAUCGCCAUCGACCGCUCUGGCCACUAUAUGCUAUGCGGUGGACAGGAUCUCCGGCUGAAACUCUGGGACCUCCGGGCCUUAAAGGAGGUCCAUUCGUAUCGGACUCAUCAGCCCGCGUCAUCUAUCGACAUAUCAGACCGUGGCCUUGCAGCCAUCGGCAGUGGCACAGGAGUGACGAUCUGGAAAGACCUCUUCACCGCCUCCACCUCGGUCGAUCCCAUCAAAGUCCAAUCACCGUACUUGAACUGGGGCAACGAGGGCCGCCGGGUCGAGCGUGUCCGCUUCUGCCCCUUCGACGACAUCCUAGGCAUCUCGCAUGCCGAGGGAUUCAGCAGCAUCGUUGUUCCGGGCGCCGGGGAACCCAAUUACGAUGCUCUUGAAGCCAACCCCUACGAGACGCGCAAACAACGGCAAGAGGCCGAAGUCCAGUCUCUCCUUACCAAGUUGCAGCCCGAAACUAUAGCCCUCGACCCCAACUUCAUCGGGACAUUGGACAUUCGCAGUGCAGAGCAGCGAAAACAAGAGAAGGACCUCGAUGCGCCGCCUGUGGACCCUCUAGCGAAGUUGAAGGAGCGUAACCGCGGACGUGGUAAGAACAGUGCGAUCCGGAGACAUCUGAGGAAGAAGGGUGGCAAGAAUAUUGUCGAUGAGAAAAGACUACGGCUGGAGGAAAUGAAGAAGGAACGGAUGGAGAGAGGAAAGGAGAAGCUGAAAAAGGACCAGGUAGAUCUAGGGCCAGCUUUGGCCAGAUUUGCCCGGAAAGGGGCAUAA